AGCAGCGCCUAAUGCCUCAGGAAGAGAAGCCUCCCAGGAUGGACCCUCCACCCACAGACGAGCCCUUAGACAAGCAAACCAAAAAACUGGAAAAGCAGGAAGAGGAGAUGGAGUUUAAGGAACUGGAUGGUCUGAGGGAGGCCUUGGCAAACCUCCGGGGACUGUCCGAGGAGGAGAAGAGCGAGAAGGCGAUGCUUUGCUCCCGCAUCCAGGAGCAGUCCCAGCUCAUCUGCAUCCUGAAGCGGAGGUCAGACGAGGCCCUGGAGCGCUGCCAGAUCCUGGAGCUGCUCAACACAGAGCUGGAGGAAAAGAGGGUGCUGGAGGCCGAGAAGCUGAAGGCCAAGAGCGCGCACGCCCAGAAGCUGGAGGAACGCUUUAUGACCCUGGCAGCCAACCACGAGUUGAUGAUCCGCUUCAAGGACGAACACAAGAGUCAGAACGUGAAGCUCAAGGAGGAGAAUGAGAAGCUGAGGCUGGAGAACAGCAGCCUCUUCAGCCAGGCUCUGAAGGACCAGGAGGCCAAAGUGUUGCAGCUCACCGCCCGGAGCGAGGCCCUCUCCAAGGAGCUGGAGACCCUGAAGCAGAGGUGCGCUCAGGAGGCCUGCCAGGCGCAGGCCAGAGAGAGGGAGCUGCUGGAGCUGCGGGGCCAGCAGGCCUGCGCCCACGCCAGCGAGACGGAGCAGCUGCGCAGCCAGCUGCGGAGCCUCCAGCAGCAGCACCGGCAGGCGGUGGAGCAGAUGGCCAAGGCUGAGCGGGCGCACGGCAGCCUGAACCAGGAGCUGCAGGCCAGGCUGCAGACGGUCAUUCGUGAGAAGGACGAGCUGUUGCAGCUGGCCAUGGAGAGGGGCCGGGUGCUUCAACACAAGCAGGAAGAGAUCCGGCAGCUGGAGGAGAAGCUGGAGACAGCAGACGUGGCCAGGAGGCAUGCCCUGGAGAGGUUCCAACAAGAGGCAGUGGCCGUGGACAGUAACUUGAGAGUACGGGAACUUCAGCGCAGGGUCGACGGGAUCCAGAAGGCCUACGAUGAACUCAGGCUGCAGUCUGAAGCCUUCAAAAAGCACAGCCUGGAUCUUUUAAGCAAGGAGAGAGAACUCAACGCCAAACUCCGCCAUCUCUUUCCAUAG